AUGUCUCUUAAUUUGUACACUAAUAACGUGUGUUUAUUGGGCAUUAAAAACAUAUUCAAGUUUAAAUUACAUUCAAAAUUUAUACAUAGGUCUGUUGCAGCUAGAAAAAUCACACCUCAAGAAGUGACGGCGAUUUUAAGCUCUAAAGAACAUAUUUAUGAAUUUGAACAGAAUUUGGGAUCUGUUAAAGCAUAUGAAACAAAUCAACUGGAAUCAAAUGCUCCAAUUGAAGAUACCCGCGCUGAAGCAAAAUGUCUUUUAACAUCUGGUAUGUUAUUCGGAGUAUUUGAUGGACAUGGUGGCGCAAGCUGCUCACAUGUAAUUACCAAACGUUUAUUUGAUUACAUUUGUGUAAGUCUGUUGCCCAAGCCACUACUUUUAGAAUAUCUAGAGUCUGGUAAUCAGCUUGUUGAAAUGCGCAAUGAGACAUUUGAUUUAGUUGGUGAAUUAAAAACCUUAUAUGCUCAAAGUCUGAAGUCAUAUGUACUUAAAUUAAUAAAUGAAAGCCAAGAACAUCAGUUUAAAAUGAAAGAUGCAUUAGAAAAAGCUUUUUUGCAAUUAGAUGAAGAUAUUAUGGCUGAAGCAAGAUUUAAUAUCAAUAGUGAAGUUGAUAAUUUAACAUUGAAUGUAGGGUUGUCUGGAUCCGUAGCAUGUGUUGCUCAUAUUGAUGGACCUCAUUUACAUGUUGCUUCAACUGGAGAUUGUUUGGCAGUAGUUGGAGUAUACACAGACGAUGACACAUGGAUAGCUAAGGUUAUGGUUGAGGAACAUAAUACUGAUAAUUUAAAUGAACUUCAUAGAGUGAUUUCUGAACAUCCAUCUAAUGAAAAAGACACGGUUAUAAAAUAUGAAAGACUUCUUGGUCAGCUAGCACCAUUAAGAGCUUUUGGAGAUUUAAGAUAUAAAUGGUCAAGAGAAAUGUUAUCGGAGCACAUUGUUCCUAAACUGGGAGAAAAUGCAAUACCUCCUUUUUACUACACACCGCCAUAUUUAACUGCUAAACCUCAAGUUGCUCAUCAUCAUCUUCAACCAAGAGAUAAAUUUCUAAUACUUGCUACAGAUGGCCUGUGGGAUUUCAUGUCUCCGUUACAAGUUGUUCGUUUGGUUGGAGAACAUAUGAGUGGAAAAGUUACAUUGACACCACUCAAGUUACCAAGAAAAAAUAUGAAAUUAAGUGACAUAAAUAAUUUACUUUUACAAAGACGAGACAGUUUAAAACGAAAACCAGUUGAUGCAAAUGCAUGUACACAUUUAAUACGCAAUGCAUUAGGCGGUUCUGAAUAUGGCGUUGAGCAUGCUAAAUUAUCUCAAUUACUAAAUUUGCCCAAAAAUAUUUCUAGAUCAUUUAGAGAUGAUAUAACUAUAACUAUUGUUUAUUUUAACACAGAGUACUUAAGACAUCCUCAAUCUUAA